AUGGGAAAGGAUUUCCCCGGUCCAGAGACCGGCCUCUGGCGAUUUGUCCUGCGUCUGAUCGCUCUUUUCAGCGCCGUCUUCGGAAUCAUCGCCUCAACCGCAGGCACCGUAUACCCCGUUAACUCGUUCUUCUAUUGGCUAUUCCUGAGUCUUUGUGGACUCUGGUCCCUUAUUGUCCUCGGAAUUCUUUGUUUCAAGUGUGCACCCCACCCUGGCUGUUGUAUUGCUUUCGAUUUGAUUGCUGCCGCUCUCGCAGCUUUCGUUGUCGUUGUUUCGGCUAUCGAUCUCUACUUCGACGAUUACGGGCUAGGUCGUAAUAUUGCUUGUCUUAUCUUCGCGCUAUUUGUCUUUGUCGCCCAUUUCACGUUGUUUGUGCUGGCUUGUAUAGAUGUUCACCGCAGACGUCGUCGGCCUAACCCCAAGGCUCCUUAUCGUGAGGUUUUGCCGGAGGUUUAA